GUGCGUCGUGGGAGCAUGUCCGCCAAACCAACCGCGAUACCCCUGAAGAAAGGGAACGGAGAGAAUCUGGAGGAUUUUAUGAGAACGGUGGCUGACGAAUUUGAAGCUAGGGAACAGCGGAUGAGCCAAUGCCCGGAUGUGUACUUAAACGUUUACGAUAUGUUGGCCGUGAAUACUUAUGUGUAUCCGGUUGGGCUGGGAGCGUAUCACACUGGAGUAGAGGUUUAUGGUAGAGAGUACGCGUAUGGCUGUCACCCAUACUCGUAUUCCGGAAUCUAUGACAUGGAACCAAGACAGGCCGACGAGAUUACUGGACAGCAGGUCCGCUUCAGGGAAGCAAUACUAAUUGGCCACACCCACUUUUCCUCCGAGGAGGUGAAGGGGCUUGUCGUGUUGCUAGGCAGGGACUACAAUGGCUGUGAUUACACUAUUCUCCACAGGAACUGCAACCACUUCUCUUCCGAUUUCUGCCAGCGGCUGUGUGGAGCCACACCCCCUCGUUGGAUCAACCGGCUGGCGCAGAUUGCCUCGUGGAUGCCGUUUGUCCUCAACUGUCUCCCUCCACAGCUCCUCUCCUCCCCCUCUCACUCUCACCUCUCACCCACUGACGUCCCUGCUCUCGUCUCCUUCUGCAGACAAAAAAAGUGAUUCGUGAUGACAGCCAUUCUGCCAUUCCUCCUCCCCUCUCUUCCACGACAUGACCAAACUUUCCUCGAUCAUUCACGCAAUGUAUUUCCCGUUUCACUUUGUGAUUCUCUCAUCAAAUGGACAUUGAUUGAUCAAACAUAAUGAAAUUUAUACCUGAUUCAGGCCAACAGGGAAAUAAUAAUUAUGACAGCCAGCCACAUUAAACCACCUGUAACCAGGUGGAGGGUGGGAGAAAUCUUUUUUAAAAAGUAUAAUGAAUGAAUGUACACACGAGUGUGGUAAAAAUAAUAUGCUAGAAAAAGGAUUACGUGCACAGAUGUUAUCACACGAAAACAUUACACUGAGACAUAAGCACACACACACACAAACACACACUUGAUUUGGUAAGAAGAGGUAAUGAGAAUCACAAGGUGGUUAGAAUUUCGAAGGGUCGAAUUCGAAAUAGAGUCCGAGUUCGGCAGGAGUAGGCACCAGUGGGGGAUCGGUGAUGUCAUCUCCGUGAGGCAGGUCCAGAAGACUGCUGUGGGUCGAGGUGUCCGACUGAAACCCUCCUCCCACUCCGUAGUCAAAGUCCGUCAUGGCUGCAUAGAGACUCUGGACUGAUCCCGAGGGUGACACGUCACUGUGACGGUGGGGUCGCGUGUAGUUUGCCGGAGAGAAGGGGCAAAGAGGGCCCGUGUCACUGGUGUAAGAGUUGAGUUGCCCCGGACGAGGGCGUGGGCGGGCAAUGGGGCUGUUUUUUAUUUCGGCGGCGACUGCUGAAGCAGCUGAGGCUGCGGCCGUCAGCGGGUCUUGUGCGACGAGGGAGGAACGAGGAGAGGUGUGUUUGCCUCGCGGUGAGGAGUGUCGUUUGAGAUUGGGUGAGGUGGAGAAGAUGCACGGGCUCACGUUUCCCGAAGUGGUUCCUCCGUUGGGGUCCUGGAGUAGCGAGUCGUAGGACGUGGUCUGUUUCAGCUGUUUGAGGGCCUCGUCUGCCAAGGACUGAUAGAGUGGGUCAAACAUCGCCAUCGGCAGCUCAGUCUUGGAGUGUCCGGGCGAGUCGAACGAUAUGAGGUGACUCGCUGCUGACUGGUUCGACAGAAAUGAUCCCGUCGUGCUCUCUUUGCCCGAGUCGUAGACAUAGGGGUAGCUCAUGGGGGAGUUCUGGUCGCUGUCGUCGGAGGACACAAUGUGCCUGUUUUGCAGAGUGAGAUUGGAUGGUUUCUUAAUUGAGCCGAAUUCGCUGGCUACUGAGGCCGAUUGGCUGUGGGCAGUACUUGCAGUGCUUGUUGACUGUGGAGACUUGGGAGAAUUUGGUGAUGAAACUGCGGAGUGAGGGAAAAACCGUGCAGUAAAUACAAUUACACAUACCAUCAGGCUAUAUGUGUAAAAAGGAAUGGCCCGUCUCAAAAUAGAAGCGACUACAGAUUCCUAAUAUGGAAGGUGGCAGGGCCGAAAAUAGAAACAGAGCCAGCUGACAAUAGUAUCGUGUGUCUGUUCUUGGAACCACGGAGUACAUUUGAGCCGGUAGCCAUAGUGGUGUACUAUGUUCAUACACACUAUCAUACGCAGUCUGGUGUUUGUGUGCGUGUACAGAGAAUGCACAACACAGGGCAAUCAUAAGCCACACAAAGGUCUGUGUGUUCUUCCUGUCGAAGCAAGCGUGUGAAGAAACCCACAACAUCUAAUGUGUACCAGGCACCUCUGUUUGUAAAGAACACCGGGGACCAUAGUUGCAUAUUGCAGACAGACACACACACAAAAAGGCAGCAUGAUACAACAGCUAAAGGUCAAGCAGCAGAGAGAUAGAAGGACUUACCACCAAGAGGCAGG